CUUCAUUUUAGAGGACAACUUGCGAUGGAGUCUUUACCUCUUGAGCUGCCAGCUGACACAGUGCAACGCGUCGCAGCUGAACUCAAAUGUCAUCCAGCAGAUGAGAAGGUUGCUCUCCGCCUUGAUGAGGAAGAUAAGCUGAGCCACUUCAGGGAGUAUUUUUAUAUCCCCAAAAUGCAGGAUCUGCCUCCAAUUGAUAUAUCUUUAGUGAAUAAGGAUGAAAAUGCCAUCUAUUUAUUGGGAAAUUCUCUUGGCCUGCAACCAAAAAUGGUUAAAACGUAUCUUGAAGAAGAACUAGAUAAGUGGGCCAAAAUAGGAUUCUAUGGUCAUGAAGUAGGGAAACGUCCCUGGAUUACAGGAGAUGAGACUCUUUUAGGCCUUAUGAAGGACAUUGUAGGAGCCAAUGAGAAAGAAAUAGCCCUAAUGAAUGCAUUGACUGUUAAUUUACAUCUCCUACUGUUAUCAUUUUUUAAACCUACACCAAAACGAUAUAAAAUUCUUCUAGAAGCCAAAGCCUUCCCUUCUGAUCAUUAUGCUAUUGAGUCACAGCUUCAACUUCAUGGACUUAAUGUUGAGAAAAGUAUGCGGAUGAUAAAGCCAAGAGAGGGGGAAGAAAUCUUAAGAACAGAGGAUAUCCUUGACGUAAUUGAGAAGGAAGGAGAAUCAAUUGCAGUGAUCAUGUUCAGUGGGCUGAAUUUUUAUACUGGACAGCGCUUUAAUAUGCCUGCCAUCACCAAAGCUGGACAAGCCAAGGUAUGUGUGCCAUUUCAUCUUCACCUCCCUAAACACCACUGCUGAAGAUGAUUCUAGUGC